AUGAACAGAAUGCGGCCAACAAAGAAAUAUGGCCACUCUCUCAAAUGGACAAAAAACCAACUCUUUUUUUUGAACCAUUUGCGACAACAAAAACGCUGGGUUAAUAUCUGGAAUGCAUUUCUGAUGGAUAAACUACAACAAGCCAAUAAAGGCCGUUCUGUUGGGGAGCGGAUUCGCCUCCUAGACUUCAUAAGAAUCCACAAGGAUGACCUAUUGAAGGUUUAUCAGCAGCUUUUAUUAGCUGACCGGCAGCAGCUUGAGCUCAAGGCAGUCAAAGCUUGCCAAAAAAAAUUGACCAUUAUUAGGGCCAACCCAAAAGCUCUAUUACACGACGUCAAUGCUAUAUUCACUGCAAUGGAUCAAGACCACUUUCUACUCAAACAGGGAUGGAUGGCUUCUAUGUUGCUGUUCGGGGGGGGUGUAGAAGAUUAUGCAGAGCCCAAGCAUCCUCCCAACAAACUAAUUAGCGAGAGCCAUACUAUAAUCCAAGAUGAGCUGGAGUUUAUACUGCAUUCCAAUAACGGCAGCCGAGCAAUCAAGAUGAAUUACAAUAAUUAUGAGAAAAAGAUAGUUGAGCACUAUGGCAUAGCCCUGACUGGCUAG